AUGGCUGCAGCUUCCUAUGAUCAGUUGUUAAAGCAAGUUGAGGCCCUGAAGAUGGAGAACUCAAAUCUUCGACAAGAGAUAGAAGAUAAUUCCAGUCAUCUUACAAAACUGGAAACUGAGGCAUCUAAUAUGAAGGAAGUACUUAAACAACUACAAGGAAGUAUUGAAGAUGAAGCUAUGGCUUCUUCUGGACAGAUUGAUUUAUUAGAGCGUCUUAAAGAACUUAACUUGGAUAGCAGUAAUUUCCCUGGAGUGAAACUACGGUCCAAAAUGUCCCUCCGUUCUUACGGAAGGCUAGAAGGAUCUGUUAUCUAG